AUGGCUGCGGUCAUGGCCAAGCCUGCCGGAACGGCAACCAAGAUGAAAAAGCCGUCUUUGCCUUUAGUUCAGACAAAUACAAAUGGUGUGAAGCCCACGGCACCACCUUCGUCGCCUUCCAGUGCUCGGAAAACUCUAUCGGGCCAGAAUCCCACUCCAACAUCUGCCACCAGCAAUAGCACCUCGGUCAAUGGCGCCGCUCGCCCAAAUCGACGAUUACAACGUUUGACGACACGAAACAACACCUCAGACAGUGUGUCUCUUGAAAAACGGGCUUCCAAGAAAUUCCCAGAACCAUAUGUGCCCAAAGAAUCCCACAUCCUACGAAAAUUCAAAGGGUGUGCGCCCUCUCUAAUCGUACACUUACAUCCCACACACUUUAGGUUCGAUCAGCAAGAUGGGAGCUUCAGCUACCACUCCGAAAUGCGCGUCUUCAUCGAACAUUUGGCCAAGGGCACGAUUCCUCAUGAUAUGGUGGAAGAAUUUCGGAAAUCCGAGGUGAAAUACUAUGAUGGAUGGCUCAUAGUCCGAGUGGUGGAUCAUAAGUCGGUCGCAAACGAUAAUGCUGCGUCAGAAGCUGCCGCAGAUGAUGAAAAACCAUUCUCUAUACACAAUUACAACCAGUAUAUUACGCCUUCACCCUACGCCCCCUAUCCUACGAAAGAACAAUCUGUCGCAGGAUCUCCACCGAUGAAACAAGAAAACCGAGAUUCAGUGUCCAGCGAUACCAAAGAUGGUCUCAACUCCGACGAUACAAUCGAUGUGGCACCUAAAUCCACAAAGUCGCAGCCGAGGGUCUAUCAUAUUGCCUUGCGACCUACAAUACUAUCGAGGCAUAUGGAUCUCGUCAUUGAUGCUAUGACGCCAGAUCCAAAGUCUUUAAAUCGGAAACAGUCACAAGCCAACGUGAAUGGUCGGAUUCCCGGAUCCGCCGCUUCACAGACUCCAAUUUCUGGCAUGCCCCCAACCCCUUCGAGCGAGAAAGGGCCGCCCCUCAAGAAGCAAAAGCUGAAGAUCGAUCCUAAAGACAUGCUCGAGUAUGAAGGACGAAUUGUGAAUGCCACUGCUCCUCCGUUAUAUUUGGAUCCAGUGGAGAAUCUGGAGGAAGCCGAGACUCUGGCUGAGAUGCUCAAAGAUCCCCUCCACGACGCAAGGCCACCUUCGCCUAAAAGCCGGAAACGGACGGUUGCUGAACUUGCAGCUGACGAUGCGCAUGCGAAAGAACAAGAACGAUUUAUGCUCAUUAUGGAUGAGCGUACUGGGGGAAGCAACGGUGCUGCCAAUGCAGGAGCCGUGGAUGGUCAAGCAGCUGCCUCGCUAUUCCAGCCGCGGUUUGAGAAGUUCAACGCUCUUGAUAACAUUAAGAGGGAGAUCGCUGAGCGGAAACAACGCGAGAAGGAUCGACAGCUACAGGAAGACGAGACCAGAAGAGGACAACAAGAACGAAUGCAGGAGGAAGAGAAGAAACGAAUCAUGAUGCAAAGAGCGCAAGAAGCCAGGGUUCUUCGAGCGAGGCAGCAAGAAAUGCAAGCGGCGAUGCAGACUCAAGCACAACAACAAGCUCAAGCCAAUCAAAGGCCAACCUCUCAACAAGUUAAUGGCAUUCCUCCGAAUAUGCAGAACCAAGUGAUGGCUGCCCAACAACGUGGAUCGCCUGUUCUUCGUCAAGGUACUCCUCACGCAGCGUCAUCCCCAGUUGUCACCAAUGCCGCUCAAGGUGGACAUCCAAUGGCUAUAUCAGGAUCCCAACAGGGUCAUGGAUCUCCGGCUCGACCGGGCUCGGCUGUGCAACACGGUCAUCCCAGCGCUCCCAUGACCAGAGUUCCUAGCAGACAAGGACAGAGUCAGCAUGGUACUCCCCAAAUUCUGCAUGGCACACCUGCUGCCAGAAACGCAACACCUGUCCUGCGACAAGGUACUCCAGCUCAGCAUAUCACGCAAGCUAGCCCUCGUGGGAGCAUGGCGGCCCCUACUCCUCAAAUGGUGCCGGUCGGCAUGAUGCCAGGAAUACAAGGCCAAGCACCAAACGGAGUUCCUAGGCAAAUGAAUCCUCAACAAGCUGCCGCCGAAAUGCAGCGUCGCCACGCAUUUCAGCAACACGCGGCUGCCCAGCAAGCAGCUAUGCAGCAACAGAUGGUCAAUGGAACACCGCAAAUGGUUCAAGCUCAAAUGGCCCAUAUGCAAGCUCAACAUCAUGCACAAAUAGACCGACAGGUUGCCAUGCAACGUCAACAGGCUCAACAGCAGCAACAAGCCAUGCAGCAAGGAACACCACAGAGUCAACAUAUGUCCCCCAACCCCAGCCAAAGCCAGAAAGCUUACAAUCAGUCGGUUGUCGAACAUGUGAAAGCUCAAAUGCAAAACCUUCAGCAAGCACAGAACCACGGUUCGCCAGCUCCCAAUCAUAUGACACCUCAGCAACUUGCCGCUCAGCACGGCCAGGUUCAGCAAGCCCAUGCCCAGCAACAGCAAAGGAUGAUUGCAGCCCAAGCCGCCCAAGCCCAAGGACAAAUGAUGGGUCAAGGUGUGCCACAUCCUCAACAACGACCCCAAAUGAAUCCACAAUUGCAGCAGCUAUACCAAACCACCUUGAGCGCCUCUACCCAGCGGUUCUUGGGUCAAGCAGCCGCCAAAUACGGGGGCAACACCAGUAUGCUCCAACCCAGCGAAAUACAACAGGUGCAGAGUCAAGCUAAGAGUGCGGCCAUGACAGCCGUUCGCAAACGCCAGGCAGAAAUGAAUCAGAUGCAAAUACAGCAGAUGGCAUUGCGUCAGCAAGUUGCGCAGCAGCAUGCUCAACAGCAAGGAGGCGGCAUGCCCAACGGGAUGAACAUGAACAUGAACAUGAACAUGAACAUGAACAUGAAUCCGAACAUGGCGGCAGUUCUCCAACAACAGCAGGCUCAGCAAAUGCAACAGGUGCAGAUGCAACAUGCUCAACAGAUGAUGGCUCAACAACAACAGCAGCAGCAACAACAACAACAACAACAACAACAACAACAACAAAGUAUGCAAUUUCAGCAAAGAUGA